UGCAGCAGACGCUGGGCUGCGCAGUGGCAGGCUCGCAGACAGAAGGCUUCUCUCUCGCUCGCUCUCUCUCUUUCUCUCUCUCUCUCUCUCUCUCUCUCUCUCUCGCUCUCUCUCUCUCCCCCAGCCGCGCUCUCGCACGCCUAGCCCCAGCGAGGCAGGCCGCGGGAGGAAGAGCAGGAAGGUAAUCCUGUCGUCAGGGCGACGAGAGCUAGGCAGGCCCUGGCUCUGCAGGCCGCGGUCUCAGUCACUUACGCAACACCUCACCCGGGGAGCGUUCACUCUGUGCGCAGCACUGGACACAAUAUGGCGCUGGUGUGCUCACCAAGCUCAGCAGCACUGACUGACAGCGCACACAGCCAGGUUCUCCUCGGUGCCCUGAGCGAGCAGCGUGCCAAGGGCCUGUUCUGCGACGUCACCAUCGUAGUGGAGGACAUCAAGUUCAGGGCCCACAGGAACGUGCUGGCCGCCUGCAGCGGAUACUUCCGGAACGCCCUCUCCACCCCUGAGGUCUGGACAUCUGGCCAGGUACUGGAGCUGCUGGACCUCAGGUCUGAGGUGUUUGCCCGCAUCCUCAAUUUCAUAUACAGCUCCAAGGUCGCGCUGACCAGUUCUGAGGACGUCCGGUCUCUGGUGGCAGCCGGUAAGAGGCUGGGCAUCCCCUUUCUGGAGAGGCUGUCGGUGUCCGAGAAACGCAGUGCCACACAGAGCCAAGCCUCCUUGCAGAGAAGGUCCUCUCUAACCCCAGGAUCUCGCCUGACCAAGCGGAAAGCGUCAAACAGCAGCCGGAGCCCCCGGAUCACCAACGCCUUCUCCAUCACAGAGAUCGGCGCCAACAACGACCCCUUCUCGCCUCUGGACCUGCGUGGGGACGGGCAGCGGCCCUCAGAGCACAGGAGCGCCCCUGCCGACUGCCCCGCCCCAAGCUCCACCCCUUCCCAGAGCGAAAGCCUGCACACUCUGGCUGACCACUCGUAUGCCGUUAACCUGACGCAAGGGGCCGCUGAACACGGGAGCACGAGCGAGAGCACUGCGGGAGACGGUGGGGGAAACGGUGGAGGAGACGGCGCACAGACACAGCUGCAAACACCCAAAACCCCCACGCCACAGGUUAGCCAGAGCUGCAGCCCGCUCAAGAAGCGGCACAGGCUGAGGAGCGGCCUGGAUGAAAGUGCGCCAGGCUUGCCCCCCACUCCUCUGCAAACAGCCGGCGGCCUCCAAGGCGCUACGGAAGCUCUGCCAGCAUCUUCAACAGGCUCCUCUUCCUCAAACCUGAACACCCAGAGCACCCCUCCCUCAAAACCAUCAGAGGCCACAAACACAGCCCCAGAAGUGUCUGAGCCCCCAGCUGCACCCAUAUUAGCAAGGCCCAGCGCACCAGCGCAGCGCAGUGAGCCCAACCCAGAGGCGUUCAGUGUCCAGAGGCACAGGAACAGAAUCCUAGGCCCUCUGUUUUGCAGGUUUUGCCACAGGAAAUUCCUACACUUAAAAAGACUCCGCAACCAUGAGCAGGUAUGCAGCAAGGGUCUGGCGCCCUCUGCAGGCGAGUGGCCGAAUAGCGCAGAGCCCCAGAGCAGCCCCACUGUCGGCAGAGCGCUCCCUACGCUCUCACCCAGCUUCUCCGCCCCCCGCACGGUGGACCUUCCAGAGACGCUGCGGGAGGUCGGAGUGAGCGUCCGGGUGGCACAGCGCCAGAGGAGGGUGUACCCAUGCAGCGUGUGCAAGCGGGCGUACGUCAGCCUGUCCAGCCUGAGGAGGCACGAGAACGUGCACUCGUGGCAGAGGGCGUACCCGUGCCACUACUGCAACAAGGUGUUCGCUCUGGCCGAGUACCGCACCAAGCACGAGAUCUGGCACACCGGCGAGCGCCGCUACCAGUGCAUCUUCUGCCUGGAGACCUUCCUGACCUACUACAUCCUGAAGAACCACCAGAAGUCCUUCCACGGGAUCGACCCCCGGCUUUCAGUGAACAGGAAGUCGGCGAACGGCGGCUUCAAGGGCAGCGUGUAUCCCAUCAAACUCUACAGACUCCUUCCCAUGAAGUUUCAGAAGAGGCGGUACAAGACAUAUAGCCAGACCUUCUCAGAAUGCAGCAACCAAGCAUUCUCCGGUCCCCUGGGCUCCAGCUCCCCCUCGACUGCCUUCGGGGAGGGUGCAGCCACGGUCAGCACGGACGAGGCUCACAUCGGACAGCCUCUGUUCCCAAUGCCUGUGACCUUCAUGGCCACACCAAAGACGAUUGCACCAAUUCAGCCUUCACGUUCUCAAGCGUGGGCCUGCCUGCAAGCGGCAAGGACACCCACACCUCCAGACACAGACUCAGACAGCAGCUUAUUCCACUCUGGCCACAAGGGUUCAUCCACAAACAGCCAUGACCACAGACUUCCAGCGAUCCAGACGCAAACCAGCAGGAUGUCACCUGAAAUGCUACACGACAGGGAAGCAGGCUCCAUGGCUGUCAGAAGCUCCAUCGGCGAUGGUCAUGUGUUACCGUUCUUUGGGAUGGAUGCUGCCAGCACACUGGGGCCAGCAAACAGCCUCGAGGAACUUGCGGCUGCAGCACGUGCUCUUACAGACGGAGACAGACUCACGCCUGGAACUGCUGCUGGAGGGAAAACUGUUACGUACAUCGCCAAGCCGGCGUGCCCUGGUCCGUCUGUGGACAGCCGAGUGCCGCCCCUCUGCCAGAUCACAGUGAAAAUUGGUAACGAGGCAAUUGUCCGGCGAAGCAUCAAAGGUUCCAAUCUUCUCCCGAGGAAGAGGAGGGGCCGGCCGGCUCAGAUGGAACAGCAGACCGUGAACAGCUCAGGUUCCUGCCUGAGGGCAGAAGGAAAGCCUCCCAAAGAAACAGAGGCAUACGAAGAUGGGACUUUAUGCGAUGAUGCUGACAAACUGUGGCGUCCGUAUUACUCGUACAAACCGAAAAAGAAGGCAAAGAAGUUGAGUUCCAGAAGCAGGAGGGGGAGCAAAAGUUCCAGACUAAUUGGGCGACCCAGGAAGCCCACAGAGAUGGGUCAAAGUUUCGGGGACAUGGAGACCUGCCUGGAGAAAGGCUACAGUUUGCAUGGGAGCUUUCCCUUAAAAACAGCAGACAUCAGGACUGGAGUCCAGGAGAGCAUAUACUCCUGUGAAGUAUGCCACAACCCCUUCUCCAGCCUUUCCAGGCUGCAGAAGCACAUGACGGAUUGCCACCCCGAAGGGAAAGUACACCGCUGUCGCACAUGCGGGAAACGGCGCCGCCCUGGUGAGGUGUCACAGGACCGCGAGGACUUCAUCUGCAGCAGCUGCAUGGAGGACAACUCCUACCUGGACAACUCUAUGAGGAGUUCCAACACAAGGAGGCGCUUCCGCUGCUCCUUCUGCCCCCAGCGAUUCCUCUACCUCGCCACCAGGAGGAGCCAUGAGAGGAAGCACCUGGAGAAGCACGUGAACGGCUACAAAUGCUACUACUGCUCCAAGGUCUGCGCAAGCCUCACCUCCCUGGGCAUCCAUCAGAAGGCGCACCUCAUCAAAGUGGAGGAGGACGAAGAGAGCAAAGUGUUGGCCCGGGACGAGCUGAAGGCCGACUCGUGGGACAGCUUCAAGGUCGGUGCUCCCACGGCCACCAAACUGGAGGAUCAGACAGAAAGCAGCGACUGUGAUCAGGAAUCAAAGGACUCAGACACGGUCAUAUUCAGAUCAAUUCCAGAUGGAUUGCCCCAGGGCAAAGUGUGAAAAGAUUCCAGAGGCAAGUCCGCGAUAUUCAGAGAGUCAGCAUUCAGAGAGAACAGGGGGUUUUCCAGCCUGCAGUGGUAACAGGCCACUGCCUGCUUUAGGAGAGCAAUUGCUGUGACCAUGUGCAAUCGUUCACUUUGUGGUUGAUCGCAGACUGAAGUCCAUGUGGGGCAUGGCCCAAGCUCCAUAACAAAAUCCCCUCCCCCCAGAAAAAAACCCCACAUCUGCUGUUGAUUCAAUGGGAGGAAUACUGAGUAUUUAAAAUUUUAAAGUAAUACAUUUAUGAUUUUGAAGACUAACAUACAGAUCAAGGAAGCUGCUGGAGGUUGAGCAGAAACAGAGACACUUCUGAGGAUGCCAGAGGCCUGACUGAGUGGUUUACUGCGGCUGCCGGCAGGGUUUCACUUGGGUUUCUGCUUCAUGGAAUAGAUGUCCUCUAUCAGGCCGUUAACUUUUCUCUCUGUUAACCCACAAUAAACUGCCGCACAGAAUACCAAUGGAGAGCAAAUUUCAUAUUUUCUAAGAUACGUUUUUUAUUUUUGUAAUGUUUUUAUUUUUGGAUCAGUAGGACCUUCAGUGGACCCUCCAUGUCGUGACCUAUGCAGUAUGUAAAACACUCAUAAUCGUUAGAUGCACUUAAAUGUGAACAUUGAUGAGAGCUGCUAAAAAGACCUGUUUUCUGUUCAACUUUAUCUCCCUUCUUGGAUCCAGUCGCAGACGUUCUUGUACCCUUUGACUUUCUGCUAACUUAUUUUACCAAACCAUACGUCCACACCAUAGAACCAAAUUCCUUUACAGUAGCACUAGGUAUGUUUAUUUGCAUAUUUAACAACUACAUUUUGUUUUCUUCAUUUAAUUUGAUUUGGACACACCUCCAACUUACAGCGAAUGUGUACAGCUCUAGAGAACACUGUUAGUAAUAAUUAAUAAACUGUCGCACUGUAGCAGGAAAGGCUUAUGAUACUGUGUUUACAUUACAUA